CACACCUUCUUUGCCAUUGGUCUUUCUCUUUGUUUUCUCAUAUAUAUAUAUAUACAUACAUACAUAAAUAUUAGCUUGUAUAUAAUUGUUCCUAUUAAAGAUUUUUUUUUUUUUGAAGAACUGCUUGCUUGCAAUUUAUUCAAGCAGAUGCAAGACAUGGGUUGUAGGCUUCUUCAGUUUCUAUCAAUCUUUCUCUUCCAUAUUUUCCUCUGUUCAGGUUCAAGUGUUUCAGGCAGACCUCCUCCGCAAGAAAUCAAUCAAAAACCAAAACAAAGCAUUCGGAUGCUCUUUGCCCCUUCAAUAUCCACAACAAUACUAGACGGUGUCCCCAUUGUUAACCCAACAACUCCGGGAACCACUCCAAACCCAACAUCCCCCUCGACCGAGCCGAUUACAAACCCUACUACCCCGACAUCACCGGACACAAAUCCGACUCCAACAUUACCAGACACCAAUCCGACUCCAACAUUACCGGACACAAAUCCGGCUCCCACCGGCCCUACCACGACUCCUCCGACUGGCCCUACCACAACUCCUCCGACUGGCCCUACCAUGACUCCUCCAACUGGGACAACCACAACUCCUCCAACAGGGACAACCACAACUCCUCCAACAGGGACAACCACGAGUCCAGGAACAUCGGGAGGGAGUUGGUGUGUUGCAAACCAAGGUGCUUCACCAACUGCAUUACAAGUAGCUCUAGAUUAUGCUUGUGGCUAUGGUGGUGCAGAUUGCUCUGCAAUUCAAACUGGCGGAAGUUGUUAUGAACCUAACACAAUUCAAAAUCAUGCUUCCUAUGCUUUCAAUGAUUAUUACCAGAAGCACCCAGAUCCGACAAGCUGUGUUUUCGGAGGGGCAGCACAGCUUAGUAACACUGAUCCAAGUACUGGAAAUUGUCAUUUCUCGGCAUCCUCGUCGACAGGUGGGAGUCCACCCUCCAACACGACACCACCAACCACCAUGUCUCCACCAAGUACUACCACCAUGGCUCCACCCUUUGGCAUGACCCCGCCAACAUUUACUGGAACAGGUGGAGACACGGGUUUCGAACCGACCGGACUCCCGAACUCAGCCAUCUCUGUGUCAUUCCGAUUUUGGCCAAUCGUCGCGACGAUAAGUCUGGUGUGGUCGUUCAUCACUGCAAACAAACUCUAGGCAAAGAAUGAAUCAAAUUUCAGAUAUAAGAUUGCAAUUCCAUUGUUCCUUAGCAAAGUUCAUAAACUUACCAGCAAUCUUUGAGGAUCAACAAUGAGAUGUCUAUCUCAGAGGCCUAGAAACAUUAAAGAUCUAUAGCUAUAGUUCUCGAUCUAUGUAUGCAUAGAAGCUGAAGGAUGGGGAAAAAAAAUGAAGAACAUCAUAGAAUAUCUUAGGUUCUUGUAUCCAUAGAUAUGUUAUGAUAGCUGCUUUAUCAGAAUUACAGUUAGAACAAUAAGUUAUUGAGAUCUAGGAAUGCUAUUUAAGAAAACUGGAAAUUGUCACAGGUGUAGCUAGUGCAUUAAUAAAUACAUACAUACAUUUAUACUUUCAUUUAUAAAGGCAAUACUAAAUUAUACUUAUUCAUCA